AUGUCACAGGCGAACAGGGCAAUGCUGGAUUAUGUAGUGUGCAGUAUAGCCGGAACUGGGGUUCCCGGAUAUUACGAGGGCAACAGGAUGACGUGCAAGAUGAAUUGUCCAUCGGGGAUCGCCAUGGGACAGGGUGACUGUAUCUAUGUGUCGGACCGUCAGAAUCACUGCAUACGACGACUGCCAGGAAUCGAGGAGCAGACUGCCCCAGGGAAGGAGGAUGAUGUAUCGACGUUCGCUGGUGUUCCCAGGAAAUCUGGCAUGGAAGAUGGCCACAACCGGCGGGCGCUUUUCAAUGAACCUGGAGGGAUAUGUUGCUUGAAGGUGGGUUCAUUUCCUGUCGCCUGCUUUCAUAGGCUGGCAUCUGGUUUGCUUACUCGUUUGCAGAGUGGGAAAAUUCUAGUUGUGGACCGGGAGAAUCAUUGCAUUCGUGCCAUCACUGACAACCAUGUGAUCCAUGCGUAUGGCUCUAGGAGCUCUGAAUCAGGAUGGAUGGACGCUGCUACCAGCAAAGCUCUUUUCAAUCGCCCCUUUGGAAUCGCUGCAUCUAGCACCGGCGAGUUGUUCGUGGCUGACACUGGAAAUCAUUCUGUCCGGAAAAUCGAUCUCAGCGGAAAUGUAUCGACGUUGCUGAGUCGAAGAGACUCGAGAAUCAAAGACCAGCCUCUGAUCUCUCCGGUUGGAAUCUGUGUGGAUGAGCAGAAUUGUGUUUAUGUGAGCGAAUGGGGUGGGCAUCGGAUUCGGCGGGUUCAACCCGAUGGAAGCAGCGUCAUUUGGGUUGGCACAUCUCAGAAGGGCAAGCUUGACGGAAAGGGGAUCAAUGGAAGUCUUUUCCAUCCAGCAGGAAUGUCGGUAGAUACCAAGGGGAUUGUGUAUGUGGCAGACUUUGGCAAUCACUGUGUCAGGCGGAUCAACACUACCGGAGAGAUGAUCACUCUUGGAGUCGCUGGAAAUGUGUUGGUGGAUGAUGACUACGGAAGAUACGUCUCCUCGUCUCUGGGAUGCCAAGACGGAUCUGGGCCGACCGCUUCUUUCAACUCUCCCCAGGUGAAGUUUGAUUCUGAGUCUUUUACCGUGAGGAACCGUGCGCAUGUUGACUCUUGA